CAAUACAUGUGGCGGAUGUGUGUACAAACAAUGGUGUACAGUGCAGUACUUGCACACCCAGUACUUGUGCACAAAGGUGAUCGGUUGGGUUUGACCCAUUGAAGACCAUCAAGGACAAGUGAUUGCACUAUUUGUUGACAAGGCACUUGUUGUAAGCUAAGCUGAGUGUAAGACCUGGCUGGGAAGGACGAGAUAAAAGGCUUACUGCAUGCACACGAAGCUCAGUUUUGCCGUACAACUUACUGUAACAAACGAAGCAUUCGCAGUUUCGAGUUAUUCAAAGCAGAAUCGUGCUACAAAUUCUCCGUUGUUGUUGAUCACUAUAAACUGAAUUAAACUGUCAAAAUGGCGGCCUCUCUGUUUAGCUUAGACAAUCACGUUUUCCGGUUGUACACAACCUAUGCAGCUGCUGUUACUUUGAAGAUGAUGUGUCUCUCGUUGCGUGUAGGUUAUCUGAGAGUUACAAGAAAGGUAUUUAUGAAUAAGGAGGAUGCUCAUGGCAAACCUUAUGUGAAGCAGGAUGACGAUGUGGACCGAGCUUUAAGAUGUCAUCGAAACGACCUGGAGAACAUCGUCCCCUUCCUGAUUCUGGGUCUGAUGUACGUCACUACUGGCCCUAGUGUCUUCGCCGCCACGUGGCACUUUCGUGUCUUCGUAGCUUCUAGACUCUUCCACACCGUGGCCUAUCUCACGCCUCUACCACAACCCUGCCGGGCUCUCUCCUUUGCCAUCGGGCUCGUGGCCAACAUUUCCAUGGGGGUUCAGGUCCUCAUGAACGGCAUGGUUUAGAAGACCCAUUUUUAGAAUGUAUCAUAGUUUAUUGAGUCAAUUUUGAGCUUCCGUAAUUUUUUUUACAACAACAUUACAAUCGUUUCAGACAGGCGCUCCUGGGUCGCGCUGACGGGCGCUCCUGAGUUCAAAUUCUGAAUUAAGUACAUGCAAAAUUGAUCUGAAACAGUUCAAAGCAGCUGGACGAGCUAGAAGUCGGUUGCAGUCAUUCGAGACGACUCUGUGCGCCUUGGUUUCAGACGUCAAUCUUGUCUGAGACUUACCUAAUGUAAAUGUUACGUUAAAGGAACACGUUGCCUU